GCGCAGAAAAAGGGGCUCCCGCGGAGGUGCCAAGACUACUGGCAACCCUUCCUCGACCUCUUCGGCGCCGCGGUGGCGCUCUGGUGCAUCGAGGCCCAGCCGUAUUGUCUUCGACAUUACCGGCGCAGGCUUAUGCGUUGGGUGAGAAUCACUCGUGAGUUCCUUCCUCCGAAUGAGCAGGCUUUGAGGGCAUUAGAGCAACUACGAGGUGAAGCCAAGCAGGAGUUCGAGGAGAUCGAUGACUCAAGGUUCGACCACCCCGACGGAAUCUCUCGCUUGCUGGCGGACUUAGAGGUUUCUUUUGGCGAGAGGGAGAUCUUUCGCCAAGGCGGCUCGAUCAGGGAGUUUGAGUCGAUCGGCAGGAUGCAGGGUGAAAGCAUCACCGCUUUUGUCAGGAGGUUUCGCUUGCUGGAGCGAAAGUUGGCUGACAACAAGGUGCCGCCGUACCCAGAGCAGGCGAGGGUCAUCAAGCUUCUCGAUGGCUUGAGACUUGACGAGAAGAGCGCUUCCGCUCUCCUUUUGGCAGCUGGCAACAAGUACGACAUGAAGGCAAUCUUGGAAGCCAUCCGCAUCCAGUACCCCGCCGGCAUGUCUGUCACAGGGGUUCCUAAAGGACUGGCUUCUUUGGCUACAUCGUCACGUUCAUCGAUUACCUCCCGGUCUACUGCGGUUACGCGCUCCUCUGCUUCCUCUACCACGCGUGCACCUCGAGCUCGUGGACGCGGCAGCAGAUGGACCCAGUGGCAAACUGCCGCCGAGGAUGAUUAUGCCGAGGAACCACAAGGAGAACCACAAGGAGAAGAAUGGCCAGAUGAAGAAACUGAACCUGCGGAAGCUCCGCAGGAAGAACAGGGCGAACCAGUUGACGGCGAGUACAACGAGGAGGCUGAGGAUGAUGGCACCCAGGAGAUCGCAGAGGCGGACACCUGGGAGUAUGAGGACGGCACGAACGAGGACUACGACGCCCUCUACACGAUGGCCCAGGCUUUGACGGUGUCCUCAAGGAAGCUCUCGAGCAUCAUGCAGGCUCGCGGGUUCUACCAAGUGGACCCUAAAGGCAAGGGCAAAGGCAAGUCUGGCCGUGGCAAGGGCAAGGGCAAAAGCAAAGGAAAGCCUUUUCAGAAGGGUGGCGCUCCGAAGGGCGGCAAUCCUACGAUCCCGAAGGGCAAGGGCAAGACCAAGGGUCAAGCUGGCUUUGACCCGCAGCGACAAGCUCGACUGCGAGGUGCUCUUUGCCUGGGAUGCGGCUCAUCCGAGCACUGGGUAAAAGACUGCCCGACGAUGUCGACCUUCCAGGCCCAGCUCGCGACGGCCAAUGUGGAGAUGGACGCCGAAGGCAACCCUUUCGUCUCCUGGAUGAUGACUGCGACGCCUGCCGAGGAUAAGUCGGAGAUCUGCUACGAGGUCCCCAGACCACCGUCGGUGCUUCUGACAACAUGCCAGGAUGCUUCGUUCUUGAUCACUGCGCUCAACAAUGCAGUCACCAAGCUUUACUUGUCCCCAUGUGGUCACCUCGCUUUGAAGAUUGAUGAGUGGUCAUCCAAUUCGAUUUCGCGCCCUCCGCCUCAUGCCGCCACCAUCAUGGCUUGUGCGCUGGCAGAUGCUGAUGGCGCGCUUCCUGGAGUUUGUGACCACGGUGUGCCAGACCCUGCUGCACUACUCAGCGAUUUCUCUGCAUCCGAACUUGAAGGACGCAGUGCUCAGGCACUUCGCACUUCCGAGCUCGGCGGCAACCACGCUCUCUACGACUCUACGACGGCGGCAAUGACGGCACAGAAGGUUUUGGGUCAGGAUCGCUACCUGAAGUCUCCGGAGGAUUGCCACCACCCAUCGGGUCUCCGGAAGUACGCGGCCUCAGGGAUGUCCAUCAUGAUCUGCGACGUGUGCGGAUACAGGGCGGUGGUGAACUCCACGACCGGCAACCUUAUACCGGCGACUCCGAAGGCCACUCCGAGUUCAAUGACGCCGCUCAACCUGUCCGAGAACGCCAAGGCCAAGCUUUUCCCCGCAAAAGCAAAGGCCAAGACCGUCGCAGCGGCCGCGCCCAGGAUGCCAUCCCCAAGCUCCUUGCGGCCCUCCUCAGCGUGGUUGCGGGCAUCUGGUCCGUCAGCGGCAGCGGGACCCAAAGCCAAGCUGAAGGCCAAGGGACCACCGCCUCGAGCGCCUCCUCAGGUCUUCGCGAUGGACUCGGAUGGCUUUCAGAGGAACAACGCCAGAGGGGAGCUGUUGGGACCGGACCUGUUGACUCCGGCCCUGGGCAUCGAGCCGGAGGAAUGGGAGGAGGACAUCCUAGCGGACGAGGAAGCCCAGGACGAGGAGCGCCAGGCCAUGGAGGAGUACGAAGAGGUCUACGGUGGCCAUGCCCACUUCACCGAGUAUGCCAUCAACGCUGGUCUACGUGUCCUUCAGCCCAUUGACGAGAUCUACGGCCAGAGCUUGCGCACCAAGGCUGACUUUGACCACCUCCGCUACUACCUCCUCAAGUGGCUUCCCUUUGUUGUGGUCUGGGAACCGCCGUGUACAUGGUGGUCUCCUGUUCAGCACCUCAACUACACCCCCGACGAACUCAAGGUGAAGAGGGCAGCGCAGGAGCGAGAACUCAAUCACAUGGUCGAUACCAUCCUCGAACUGCGCACCUACGGGGUCCACUUUUUGAUCGAGUACCCCUAUGGCACGCCCUUUUGGACUUGUGAUGCUCUGCGCAGGUUGACGGCCAAGCCCGAGGUCCAGCUUCGCAAAGGCCACAUGUGUAUGUUCGACAUGCGCACUCGACAAGGGCAGCUCCUCAAGAAGCCAACAGGCUGGCUAAGCGACCUCCCAGAGCUGCUGGACUCCCUUGCGGUUGAGUGUGAUGGCUCCCACGAGCAUGGUCAAUGUUUGGGCGGCUCCGUGACUAAGCAGGCCCAAGUGUACCCGCCAACUUUGGCACGCGCCUUUGUGAACGGCGUGCUUCAGGCUCUACAUCGAUGUGGGGAUGAGCGCUUCUGCACCAAUGUUCAGGCGCAUGCCAGCUCCAUCGAUCAAUUGGACACUUGGCAUGCGGAUGAAGAGACUGUACACUCAGUCUACUUUCUCGACAUCACCCGGCACCAAGAAUCGUGGCUUCCCCUUCUGAAGGAAGCAGAGUCCCGGCUGAAAGAUCUGGUUUCCACGAGGGUGACUCUGAAGCCAUCGCCUUAUCUGGAGCAAGUCCGCUCCCUGGUGCCGUGGACUCUGAACCGAGUACAGAUUUGUCGCACGCCCAAGCAGCGGAGAGUGCCGAAUGAUGUGCUGAUGGAGGGUGCCACUCACCGCGGUGCCGUGCUCUUGAUGAACGACGCCACUGUGGUGAUGGAAGCCGAGGUGUUGAAGAAGGUCCUCAGCUCCCCCUCGGCCAAGUUUGAUCGCCCUGUCAAGGUGGGCAUCUUCUUUUAUGGCGUCGCCCCUUCAACAAGUUUGAACGAGGAGGAUGACGCUAAGCCUGAACCUGCCAAGGCCCCAACUGCAGGCCCAAUGCAGCCCGACGAACAGGACGUUAUGCGCCCCCAUGAGCCAGGCUACCGUGAUAUCUCCUUCCCGGGCGUCACUGAUGAGGUGCCCAGAUGGAUGCGUGGAGUCCUACGACGCCUACAUGUGAAUCUGGGCCACCCAGCAAAGGAAACCCUUGUGCGGCAGCUGGUUUUGGCCAAUGCUUCAAGUAUGGCCAUCAAAGGUGCACGCGCCCUUCAAUGUGAAGUCUGCAGGUUCAGUGACCGGGUCUACUGCGAUAUCGUCUUCCUGAAGAAUAUCCAGGGUGAGACCACGAUUAUCAAGGCCUUGGUCGGCGGAUGGCUUUGCUUCUUUGGUGCACCCGACGAACUUGUUCUGGAUGAUGAGGGAGCGUUCCGAGGACUUCGCUUCGAGACCUUGCAGGUGCAGUGUGGCACCCGCAUCCGGUGCAUUCCCUCGGAUGCUCACUGGCAACUUGGUCGUGCCGAACGCCACGGACAAGCUCUACGUUUUGUGGUGUCCCGGCUGGUGAGCCAAUUCGCUCCAACCACCGUGCCGGAAAUGCUCUACUGUGGUCCCUUUGAGGUUGGUCAGCGUAUCGCCUACUAUCGCGUGAAGAAUUCUUUCGAUGGCGAAGGUUCUGUUGAAGGCUACCGCCUCGGCACCGUUCUUGCUGUCGACCUUGGCACCUCCGGCAAUGUUUGGAUCAAAAACUCUCGCGGCCGCAUCGUGCAAGCUGCUCGUGAACAGCGCCGCCCCGUUGCCGGUGAAGAAGAGUGGUGGACACCAGAUCAAUCGGAUCUGGACCUUCUUAAAAAUACUGACCGGGAUUUGCUGCCCACCGAGACUGCUGGUUUCGAUGUUCGUGGGCAGGCUCCACCUGCGGCUGUUGCCGCUCGUCAGGACCAGGCCGCUUUGAAUGAGCUCGAGCGACAGGAUGCGCCAGCUGUUCUCCUCGAUGCGGACGGCAACCCGAUAGACUCGCCGGCCAUGAUGAAUCCGGUGCUCUACAAGCGCCGGGUACGCCUCGACCGAGAGCUCCAAGGUCUCGAUCCCCGGCGCCUUCACGGCUACUUGCUCCACUACCACCUGUACCCGAAGGAGAAGAGUGAUCCUUCAGUCGGACCGCCAGCUUCGGAAUCUCAGAUCGAAUCACGCAGGGACUCUGGUUCGUUGACCCGUGGUGUGUCUUCAGCUACAGCUAGCAGCACUGGUUUGUCCAAGGAGCUGGCCAAGCUUAUGCAUCAGGAGUACCCAGAGCUUCGUGGUCUCAAGCGUGCCCCAACUGUCCCUGUCGAGGAGCUAGAACCGAGUCCAGACGCUGCUAGGCGCGCUCCGCUUCAACCAGGACCUGGCAUUCCAGAGAUGACAGUGCUCCCCGACAUUGCGACAGAUCCCUCACCUGAGCCCAUUUUGGAUGCUUUUCUGACCUACUGUCGAGACUGCGGCGAACAACGUCGCGAAGUUCAGGACGGUCAGUCCGUUUGUGUUCGGUGCAAUAGCACCCACCAGGUGGAUAGCCCCUUGCAAGUUCGGUCUUGGUUCGACGAGGCGCUGGAGAGAGAUGCUUUCGACACUCACUUCGAGCCUGCCCCCGGAUCUAUGGCGAGCUCCGUGACGGACCCUUCGCGGACCGAGCUUGACGAGAUAGACUACCACCACAAUGUUUCUUUCAAUUCUUCAAGCGUUACCUCUUCGCAAUUUUCCCAUCGCCUUCAGGUUCUACAUCGACAUGCACGUGGUGAUCAACAUCAUGUUGGCUGGGAUGGCAACCCGAAGGAGCUGCAGCUCUACGAGUCAACUGCGUUUCUCACUGCGGCCCAUCACUUCGGCGACCACCUUCCGGCUACCUCCUCUACUACCUCGACGAGAAGACAAAGCCGCUCCUUGUCAGAGACUGUGGCCAAGCGUCUUCUGGGUGACUGCGACUUUUCUCACGAUGCUUGUCACCAACUGCUCGACACAGUCGAUCUCCCGUCUUCCGGCCGACAAUGUCUACAAGGCGAGGACGGCAGCCAGGCUAUGACGCUCGGCCUCUACAGCCACGGCAACUUCUUUGGUUGCACCAAGGUCACUCAGAAGCAUCGAUGGCUUUGCCGGUACUUGAAUGACUACCUCCGGUCGCACGACAAUCACAACUUGAAGGGCAGCCUCAACUGGCAGAUCACCCUCGGCAACUACAAGGGAGGCCGUACUUGGUUCCAGACAAAGGAGUCCGACGGUCGUACUGUCACCAGGAACUACUUCGGGGAGACGAUUCCCGGCUACUUUUGCAACACCAAGAAGAACCUCGUGUCCUUCUCCCCGGACCACGUCCAUGCCACCGAGGAGUUCCAGGGAGAACGAUGGUCCAUUGUGGCUUAUACGAGCCGCUUGGUGACAGAGACAACUCAAGCAGACCGUUCACGUCUCUGCCGACUCGGGUUCAAUCCUCGACCCGUUCGGACCGCUUACCCGACGACCUGCACUACGGCUGUGGAGUCCAGCGACGAGGAGAUCCGCGUGGCGAAUGCCACCGGUGAGUUCGUAACGGGCAUGGAGAAUAGCUCCGAGGACGGGAAUGACGGCACCUUCGAAUCAGGCCGAGCUGCCCGCCAGGCCAAGAAGAAGGAGCUUCCAUGGAAGGCCAUGACCGAUGAGGAGAUACCACAGUUUCGGGAGGCUCUGAAAGCCGAGUGGUCCGAGUGGACAAAGUGGAGCUCGUGUGUACCGGUUUGGCUGGACCCCAAGAAGAUUCCGGCACACUUGAUCCUGAAAUCCAGGGUAUGUUUUCGCUGGAAACCCAAGGCCGAUGGCAGCUUCAAGCCCAAGGCACGGAUAGUGAUCGCUGGAUUUCCUGACCCACAUUUACCGCUCCUUACACGUGAUGCACCGGUCCUGUCCAGAGCUGGCUUCUCGGCCAUUCUUCAGUGGGCCACCACCCACGGUGUUCGGCUAUGGAAUGCGGACUGCAAAUCGGCCUUCCUGCAGGGAAAGGCAGAUACAGAGCGUCCCGAGCCGAUCUUCAUGAAGCCGCCGACCGAUCCCGUCUCCCAGGGUGCCAUUGACGAAUGGAGCUCCGAGUACUUGCUCUACAAGCUGAGUGCCCCGGUUUAUGGACAGGCCAACGCCCCUCGAAGGUGGUAUCUGCACGUGGCAGACAAGCUCCAGCUCACGUCCGUGGAAGGUGCCUUCGAGUGGGGUGGCCCAUGGGAGCACUCGUACUACCGCGUUGUCCCGGUGCCCUUCGACGAGCUGGCUCUGGUGGCUUAUGCCGACUCCGGCUUCGCGAAUGCCCCUAACCACCGCUCUCAAGGGGGACUGGUUAUCGUGGCUACCGACAAGAAGGUCCUCGAGGAAACACGUCCGGCAUCUAUGAUGGAAUGGAAGUCUUUCCAACACCAGAGGGUCUUGCGAUCUACUUUGGCAGCUGAGGCCGCCUCUCUGGACCACGCCAACGACCAUGCCCACUACUUGGCCAUGGUGUUGAGUGAGCUGGUGGACCCCAACUUCAAGGCCACGAUGCAGGAGCGACCCUUGUUCGGCAUCCUUCCAGUCACUGAUGCUCGUUCCCUGUGGGACGCUGUGCACAGGCUCAGCUCAGGCCUGCAGGAGAAAAGGGUGGAGAUUGACAUCGUUGGCCUACGCCAAAACUGUCGGUCGCUGCGUUGGGUUCCCACGGAAGAGCAGAAGGCAGAUGCUCUUACAAAGAGGAGCCGAAGCCUCCGCGAUGGCUUCAGGAAGUUCAUGGAACGGCCUUUGGUCACGUUGGUGGAAAGUCGUAACGGGGCCAAGGACAGGCGAAUGCCGCUUGGCGCAAUAAGGGCGCAUCGACCAAAGAAAAAUAGAGGAGUGCUAAACAAGCCUCCAUGUCCAGUGUUGGUCAGAUGCGCAUGUGCAGAGAUGCGCCGUGAUCUGAAGGCUCACAGGGAUGGAGAAAAGAGCCCUGAGACCGUGCGAGGGGUUCUGUGUUAG